UACCAACAAACAAAUAUUUCACCAACAUGAUUAUUUAAUUUUCCUAAAUUGUGAAUUAUUUAUAAUAUUUAGUAUCAUAAGUUUUGUUGUUGCCUUUUCAUAGCGUUGAUUCUAUCCAAAAAUGACUAACGUUGGAACUUUGGUGCUAAUUCUCGCCUACAUUAACUUCGUGUCGAGUUUCGAUUCGAGAAACAUAGUAUUCGUUAUAGUAAGUCAACCGGAGCCAUACCACGCAAGCGUGGCUUCGCUCCUUAAACAGGAUAUAGAGGGCCAAAUAUUAGAAAUAGAUAAGAUACUGCCAAGAGUCCACCUCACGCACAUAGACUUCCCUUCGCCCGGCGCGUGGACCGUCAUCCCGCUACUGCGGCCCUUAGUAGCCCGUUACAAGGGCAGCGACGUGCGAUGGGUACUGUUCGUGGAGCCUCAUACUGCUGUGAGGUGCAGCCAGCUGCUGGAAGCUUUGGCAGCUGCUGAUCAGCACAAAAGACUGCCAAUAGUCCACCUCACGCACACAGACUUCCCUUCGCCCGGCGCGUGGACCGUCAUCCCGCUACUGCGGCCCUUGGUAGCCCGGUACAAGGGCAGCGACGUGCGAUGGGUGCUGUUCGUGGAGCCUCAUACUGCUGUGAGGUGCAGCCAGCUGCUGGAAGCUUUGGCUGCUGCAGACCAGCACAAAGAAACCAUGUGGAUAGGCUACCCCCUGAGCGACGACGAGCCCACCAUCAUCCACCACUUCACGUUCUACGAGGAUCUGGAGGAGGAAGGCGGCUUCGUGUACCCCAACUUUGCCAGCGGCUUUGCGAUGAGGAUGGAACUCAUUGAAGGGCUCCUCUACAAAGUAGAGAGCGGCGAAAGGAAACUGGAGGCCGACUUUUCAAUCGACCCCGCCUACGAGCUGGCCCAGCUGAUCUACGGCGGCGGGUCCGACCCCGGCCCGCUGUUGACCCCCGACCUGAGCUUCUGUAUUGUGUCGGGGGACAACUGCGCGACUUACCCUCGGCAAUUUGACACAUGCGGCAGCGCCAUUCCGCAGGAGUCGGUAUUCUUCGCCGUGAAGACUUGGAGCGGAUUCCACGGCACCCGCGCGCGAGUGGUCAAGAAGACUUGGGGAAGAUACGUCACGCAUCUGCAGUUCUACAGCGAUAAGGAUGAUCCGUCCCUGCCAGCUGUUGAUACAGGGAUACCAAACUCCAAGACCGGCCACUGCUUAAAAACAGUGGCCAUUUUGAAGCAAGCGCUCAAGAGGGUGUACAAACUGCCGCAUAUCAAGUGGAUAUUUUUAGCGGACGACGAUACGAUACUGGGGGUCCAAAGACUAUGUGAAGUGUUGAGUUGCUACCGUGGUGGUUCAGACAUAACCAUACUUGGGGAGAGGUAUGGAUACGGCUACGGGAAGAAAGAAACUGCUGCCAAGGGUUACGACUACAUCACUGGCGGGGGCGGCACUGUCCUAAGCAUCGGCGCGGCGCAAGAGUUAUCUCAAUGCGCGUGCACAGCGCUGACGGCUCCUGAUGAUAUGACGCUGGGCGCGUGCGCCGCGCUGCGAAGAAAUAUCACCGCCACGCACUCGCCGCUGUUCCACCAGGUAGAGUAG